GAAAGUUUUACCCCGGAACCUUUGUACGCGUGCUUCCGGGUACCCGGGCUCUACCCUGCUCGGCGCAGCGGCGGGGGCGGAGCCGGUUGCCAAGACGACACCUAAGAAGAUGGCUGCUGUGUCUUCAUCCGAUUGCGAUAGCGGCGGAGCUGAGAGCAAUGAGACCAAUUCGAAAUGGCUGGACGCACACUACGACCCAAUGGCCAACAUCUACACCUUUUCUUCUUGCCUAGCACUGGCAGAUUUGCAUGGGGAUGGAGAGUACAAGCUGGUGGUUGGAGAUUUUGGACCAGAUGGUCGGAAUCCUCACCUGAAGGUGCUCAAAGGACCAACAGUACUGACAGAAAGCCCACUGCCUGCUCUGCCAGCUGCCGCCGCCACCUUCCUCAUGGAACAGCAUCAGCCCCGGACUCCAGCUCUGGCACUGGCUUCAGGGCCUUGUGUCUAUGUGUAUAAGAAUCUAAGACCCUACUUCAAGUUUGCUCUGUCCCAGUUGCCUCCAAAUCCUCUGGAACAAGACCUUUGGGACCAGGCGAAGGAAGAUCUGAUCGACCCCUUAACCUUGAAGGAGAUGCUGGAGGGCAUCCGGCAGAAGGCAGAAAUACCUUUGUCCGUGCAGUCACUCAGGUUUCUGCAGCUGGAGCUCAAUGAAAUGGAGGCCUUCGUGAACCAAAACAAAUCCAAGCCCAUCAAGCGGCAGACAGUCAUCACCACCAUGAUCACCUUGAAGAAGAACCUGGCUGAUGAAGAUGCCAUUUCCUGUCUUGUGCUAGGCACUGAGAAUAAGAAACUCCUGAUUAUCGACCCUGAGGCCUUCACCGUUUUGGCCGAGAUGGACAUUCCCAGCGUCCCCGUCUUCCUGGAAGCAUCUGGCCAGUUCGAUGUGGGGUUCCAGCUUGCUGCUGCUUGCCGCAAUGGGAACAUCUAUAUUCUGAAAAGAGACUCCAAGCACCCUAAAUAUAGCAUCGAGCUGAACGCCCAGCCUGUGGGGCUUGUCCGGAUACACAAGAUCCUGGUGGUGGGCAGCACCCAAGACAGCCUGCACGGCUUCACACAUAAGGGCAAGAAGUUAUGGACAGUGCAGAUGCCCGCAACCAUCCUGACCAUGAACCUCCUGGAACAGCAUUCCCGCAGCCUGCAGGCUGUCAUGGUCGCCCUGGCCAAUCAAGAGGUUCGCAUUUACCGUGACAAGGCCCUGCUCAACGUCAUUCGCACCCCGGACACUGUGACCAGCCUUUGCUUUGGCCGCUAUGGGCGGGAGGACAACACCCUCAUCAUGAUUACUCGAGGCGGUGGCCUGAUCAUCAAGAUCCUGAAGCGUACAGCAGUGUUUGUAGAGGGCACAGGUGAGGUGGGUCCCCCACCAGCCCAAGCCAUGAAACUCAACGUGCCCAGAAAGACGCGGCUCUAUGUGGAUCAGACACUGCGAGAACGGGAGGCUGGCACGGGCAUGCACCAGACCUUCCAGACAGACCUCUACCUGCUGCGGGUCCGGGCUGCCCGUGCCUAUGUGCAGGCCCUCGAGUCCAGCCUGAGCCCCAUGUCAGCCACAGCCCGGGAGCCCCUCAAGGUGCAUGCUGUGGUGCAGGGCCUGGGUCCCACCUUUAAGCUCACACUACACCUGCAGAACACCUCGGCCGCCCGGCCUGUGCUGGGGCUGCUGGUCUGUUUCCUGUACGACGAGGCACUCUAUGCCCUACCCCGGGCCUUCUUCAAGGUCCCAUUGUUGGUACCAGGGCUCAGCUACCCUCUGGAGACGUUUGUGCAGAGUCUCAGUAGCAAGGGCACUUCAGACAUUAUCAGGGUGCUGGUUCUCCGAGAAGGCCAGAGUGCACCCCUGCUAAGUGCCCACAUCAGCAUGCCUGUGAGCGAAGGGCUGGUGGCCGCCUGAGCCUUGGGCCAGCGUUGAAGGACCUAUGGAAUUGAGCCUGCAAGACCCAGCCAUUUCCACUGAGCUGCGCAGGUUCAAGGGCACCAGGAUGCCAGACCCAGCUCCCUGCUCCUCUCCCAAGCAGCCCCUUGCUCACCUCCUCCACCCCUGGGCCUGUAGCAGCGGGUCAGUGAGUACCCAGGAGGACUCGCCAGGCACUGUGCCCACUGCUCUCCCCAGUUCCUUGAUAAAGCACUCUAAGGUGGUCCAGGUGAGACCAGCUUCCUUCCAUGUCCCUUAGACACACUGCUCAUCUACUGCAUACCAAGGCCAAGAUGGACGAUGGCCUGGGGAAAUUAGAGGACUUCCUGAGUGAGACUGAGCCCCCCACCCCCACUGAGGUUCUAGAGGCCCACCUGCUGUUAGCUCAGCCUACAGGUAAAGCACGAACCCUGGUUACCCUCCUGUGUUGAGCCAGAGGCUCCUCUUUCCACUCAGCAGCCCAAGAAACGGUCACCUCCCCGUGAGGAAUUUCCAAAGUCUCAGGCUUAACCACCAUCUCAGGCUUCUGAGGCCCCAUAAAAGUAGUUAUGGGAAGAAGUGGCCCAGGAAGGCCAUGGAGGGAGCUAGUGGCCCCAGCCCCAGAGGUUACCCAGCUGUGUUCAUGACCUGAUGCUCAGUCCCUGAGAGCGUUCCUGGAAAGGAAGUCCAAGCCAGACUUAGGGAUGGGGCCAGUGGUACUGGGAGAAGUAUUUCUGGGUCCCAGAAGGUGGCACAAGAGAUAGAGACCCAAAAAUAUCCUUCAGGAUGCUCUUCUGUGUCCUGGAUCCCAAAUGAGUCCUGUCGGCAGAAAGUGCCCUAGAUGGCAGCCAGAGUAUGAGGGCUUUGGAUGGAAAGGCAUCGAGUUAAGCUGAAGCCAGAGUAUGAGGGCUUUGGAUGGGGCAUCGAGUUAAGCUGAAGACUGGUCAAAGGCACAUAUUUAGAAUUAGAGAUCCUCAGUCCUGGCCCCUGCACCUGGUGCCUCCUGGGUCCCUGGCCACUGGGGAGCCAGGAUCUCUGCUCCCUGGAGACCUCCACCUUUCCCAGGAUGACCAGGUGUGCCUUGGAGUAUGGCACACAGCUUAGGCUUGCAGCAGGUAACAACAUCCUUCUGGGGUUCAGUCUCCCCUCAUGUAAACUAAGGCAGUCUGGCCAGAUGGUUUCUAAACUGCAUUCAGCUCUGAUAACCUCCUGAGCUCAGCAGAUCCUCUGAAGAAAUGAGAAAUUAACCCAGAAAGGUGAUACUUGGCAGGAAUAACUGCACACCUUUUGCCCUCAAGAAGGGCCCAAGACACAGGGACCAGGAUGACACAGCCCACCCCUUGACCCUCCUGAGGAAGGCAUCCAGAGCUAAGUUCAGCGAGGCAUGGGAAUGCCAGGCAUGGUGCACACACCUUAGACCCAGCUGCUUUGGAGACUGAAGUGUUUUGAGUCCAGGAGUUAAAAAGAACGACCUGGCAAUUUAGCAAGACCCUAGCUCAGAAGGCAAACUGCUGGGCAUGCUGGUGCACUCUUGUUUUCCAGCUAUGGGGGAAGCUGAGGCAAGAGGAUCACGGGUUCAAACAAGUUCAAGUCAGCCUGAGCAACUAGGUGAGUCUGUGUCUCAGUGUAAAAAUUUUCAAAAGGGGCCUGGGCAUGUAACCCAGGGAUAUAACCCACUGCAUACCACUUGAGAGGCCCUGGAUUCAAUGCGCAGCACUGGAAACAGAGGCAGCAGAUCUAGACCAAAGAGAGCCUGCGUCUUUCCUGCCUACACUGCCCAGCCACUUACAGACACGGGCCACCCAGGUGAGGGUGGCAGAGAGUUUCUGUGUCCACUAAGGCACAACUGGAACAAGCAGAGGUAGAACCUGCAACUGAAAGGUGUGGAGCAGAAGGAGGGGAGGAAAAUCACUGCCAGAGAUCUCAGCUUCACGGGCAGAAGUCACCUUGUCACUGGAACUGGUGGCAGUGGCGGCAGGUUGGGGGACAGAUUACCUUAUAAUCUAUUUCACCUCAGUCAAGCUAUGAACUGUGUGAACUCAACAGAAAGGUCUGAUCCAGGGAGCUCUUCCUGGCUAUUCAUGAUGAUGGAAAGGGGAGACCUAGCGGGCACUGGACAGGAGUGUAUAUAUUGUUACACCUGUUCAUGUAGGAGCUGUGCUUCACAGACGGGUACAUAGAAUAAUAUCGGCAUGUGACAAUGCAGGAUCCUUGGGAACACCGGGAAAUCAUGCACAUUAAAAUGGAAAGAGUUGGUGUGGC